AUGAGCCUCUUGAAGAACGUCAAGUUCAGAAACCUGCAAUUUUACAAAUUCCCGGAAGCCUUUGGCUGGCCUCCAACACUAACAGAACUGAGGAUUUUCGACUGCAAGAACCUCCUCCGGAUGCCAGAAUUUGAUGAACCUCGGUCGCUAACCAGGCUUACUAUUUGCGGAUCGGAUAUGAUGACAGCUCUUCCUGAGAGCAUCAGCCAGUGUGAGAGCCUAAAAGAAUGUUACUUGCACCACAACCCGUCCCUUAAGUUCUUGUCUGAUAGCUUCUUUUCGGUUUCUUCUCUGGAGGUUCUUGAGCUCGUGGACUGCAAAAACCUUCGCAAUUUUCCUACUCAUGUAUCUGACCUAGUUCGUCUGGAGCGGAUUCUCUUACAAAAAUGCCCAAAGAUUACUUCCCUUCCGCGCUCCUUCGGCCAGCUUCCUAGUCUCCGCUAUCUGGCUAUCAAGGAGUGUGAAAAUAUCGGUCGCCUCCCACAGAGCAUCGGUCACCUCUCAUCCCUUGAGCGUCUAGACCUCUGCCAGUUAGAAGCCUUUUCGGUUAUUCCCAGCACAAUCCAUAUGCUGUCCAGCCUCCGAGCUAUCGUUCUGCAAGACUGCAGGAACAUCUUUACCCGUCCCGACUUCACUCUCCACCUCCAUCGCUGUACCGGCUUGCAAUCUCUGGACCUCUCUUCUCUCGUCUUGUAUGGCUUACCCACCCUCAGCACAAUUCCCCAGCAGCUCGAGAAUCUUUCACAGCUAGAGCGGCUGGAGCUGCAUUCCUGGCCCAACCUAGAACGCUUGCCUGCUUCCAUCACAAAGCUCUCCAAGCUCAGAACACUUGUCAUCUCUGGGUGCCCAAAGUUCAAGAAUGGUGCUGCUGUAAUUCGUGCUCUGCCGAAUGUGAGUGUGAAUGUGUUGGAAGGUAACAGCUGA